AUGGAAAGCCUUGCCCACCUACCGGGCAUUUUCUUGCCUCUGGCUGGCUGUGUCUUAGCUCUCAGUCUCACAACAAUCGUGUACCGCACAGUAACAAAUCCUCUAUCACAUAUCCCUGGUCCUCAAAUUUCGAAGUGGAGUUCGUUGAUCGAGCAGUACUACUGGUUUGCGGGGACAAAGGUUGAGUAUGUCGACUAUCUACACCGUAAAUACGGCCCUAUUGUCCGCGUGACUCCUACAGAAGUCGACAUCUGUGAUCUGCCAGCAGUCCGUGAGAUCCAUCGCGUGCGCGGCGGAUAUCUCAAGUCCGAGUGGUACAAGUCUUUGACACCACCAGGGGUGACUAGCUUGCUCACCCUCAUCGAGCCCGCUCAGUACUCUGAAUGGCGGCGAUUACUAGCCGGGCCAUUGUCUGAUACCAGCUUGGGCAAAGUUGAGCCCAUGGUCACCAACCAUGUGCAUGCUACCAUUGAUCGGAUUGCCUCCGAUUUGCAGUCACAGGGGGUAUCAGACCUCUACAAAUGGUGGACGUAUAUGGCGACCGACGUCGUGAGCGAAUUGAGCUUUGGCGAACCCAUUGGCCUGCUGGCGCGUCCCAAGGAAACCGCAUGGGUCAUGGACUACCUGGACAAAGUGGGUAUCAUGCACGCCUGGCGGACGACCUUCCCCUUUGUCUUCGUACUGGGACGAUUCAUGCCCGUUCAUCCUUUCAAGCAUGCCAUUCAAGCAAUAGGGCUUCUUGGUAAAUGGGCGAGGCAGUCUAUUCAGCAAUAUAGACAGCAUAUCCAGGAACAGCCAGAGAGUCCGAAGCCUACCUUAUUCACUAAACUGUUUAAGACAGGCAAGUUUGACGACUUCCAGCUGACGUACCUGGCUGGAUCAUAUAUUACCGCGGGAAGCCAUACAACUGCGGUCACGUUAUUAUAUCUCAUCUAUGCGAUCUGUAGCGAUAAUGAGGUCCGGCAGAAGCUGCUUGCAGAAAUCCGUACUUUGCCGGAGAAUUUCCGCCACGAUGAGCUUCGACAUCUGCCGUACCUCAAUCAGGUCAUCACAGAAACUCUACGUAAAUACGCUGUUGUCUCGUCUGCUUUGCCUCGUGUGGUGCCUGCUGGCGGGGCUACGCUCGCUGGAUAUUACCUGCCUGGUGGAACUACGGUUUCGACUCAAGCGUAUACAUUACAUCGAAAUGAGGCCAUCUUUCCAAACCCGGAGAAAUUCGACCCCAGUCGCUGGGAAUCUCCGACCCAGGAUAUGAAAGACGCUUACAUGCCCUUUGGUGGCGCCUCGAGGAUGUGCAUCGGCAAUAGUCUUGCGCUCAUGGAAAUCCGACUUACGACGACUCUAUUCCUACGCCGGUUUCCAGAGGUUCACAUGUCGCGUCAGAACGGCAUGCGGGAUGAGGAUCUGGCUCAGGAACAGUAUUUGAUCAUGGCUCCAAGAGGACAGCGCUUGCUAGUCGAAGCCUGA